AUGAGUUUAUAAAGAAACUUGCUGAGGUUAAGUGUGUCUCCUUGUUCAAAUGAUAGUAUUUAGUCAUCAGGAGCAAACAUAAAAUGUGCUUCUAAAUAAGAGAUAAUCGACUUUAUUAGCAAAAUACAGUUUAUGUUAGCUUUCAUCAACAGCUAUUUUGAUCAAGAUGAUUUUGAAGAUCCAAUAAAGACAUAAGUAGUUAUUCAAUUUUACAAUGCUAUAGAAGGAUAAGCAUAUAAUGCCUACUUAAACUUGUAAAAAAUAUUUUUAAAUAGUUACAACAGCUGGCUUUCAACGCUAUUUGACAAGAAAGAAUAUGAUUAUUUAUCGAUUGAGUUCAUAAGAUCAAUACAGGGAACAAUCAAGCCUGGAGUUUGGGAAAUGUUUAAUAUCUUGAUUUUCUGCCACAAAGAAGAAAAAGUUAUUGAGAGAUUAUCGAUUAACCUUGUGGAUAUAAUGACGAUUCUUGGAGGCUUUAUAAACAUACUAUCUCUUUUGACAAAAAUUAUUUCUAAAAUGUUCUCAAAAUAAGUAUUCUAUUGGUAGCUUAUAACAGAAAUGUUUCACUUUGAUGAUACUUAAUAGAAAUAUAACUCUAAAUUCAAUAAUCUGCCCUCAAGGGAUUAAAAUACCAACAGAGAUUAGUAUUGUAUGGUAAAGUUUAUGAAGUACAAUACUAUUUAUAGUGAUAAUUAAAAUAAAGAAAAAAAUCUUAGUUUCGGAUAAACUAGAGAUAAGGAUGUAGGUAAAGUGGUUAAAUCUUUAUGGAAGAAAAAAGAAAGAAAUAUAUCAUAACUUAUCAUUGAUGAUAUAAUGGCGUUAUAAUUAUCUUAAUCAAAGAACCUUACCACCAAAUAACCUGAUAAUCCUAAGGAAUAAGCAAAGAAAAGUAAAUUAAAGAUUCCAAAAAAAGUUCGAGUUAAAUAACAAAAGGACAUUAUAUCCGUUGAGAAGUUUGAUUCUCAAAAAGAUAUCAUUGAUGAGCUAAAUUAUCCAAAGUUAAAGCCAUUUAACAAUGAGUCAUUCUAAUCAACGAGAAACUUGCUCUUGAACUCCAUGAAUCUAGAUGAUAAUAGAUUAACUAAUUAGUCAGCUAUUAACCUUAAACAGUAUGUAAUUGUAAAAAAGGCAAAGCCGAAACAUAAGCUGUUUGGUAUAGAAAAAAUAAAUAAAAAAUCUACUUGA